AUGGUUAAGGACCCCGUCAAAAGGAUAAACUUUUCGGUGGAGGGCAAGCCAAAGGGGUCUAGGAAGCCGUUCCAGCGCCGUCGAGGACGUGGUGGAGGUGGUGGUCCCGGCGGAGGCCGCGGUGGUUCUGGCGGCAAUGGUCAUCAGGGUAACGGCCAUGCGGGCGGCGGUGGCCACCCAGGGGAUUACGGCAACCACUCCCAUUACAACCAUGAACCAUCCUCUCCGCAGACCAUGCGCUCCCAUGACAACGCCAUGGGUUACCACGGCCAGGGUUACCCAGGAUACAGCGGUCAGGGCUAUCAAGUAAACGGUGGGUAUCGCGGCGGCUACCGAAACGGGCGGGGCCGGGGUGGUGGAGGGGGCGGAGGUUAUCGCGGAGGGCGUGGUGCCUAUCAAGGAGGUGGUGGAGGCGAGUCCUACCCUGUCGCAAAUGGGUACGGCUACCUCCCCAUGGAUCAAGUUAGACCGCACUGGACGACGACGAACCCUGGGUACCAGUCGUGA